AUGGCGCCCUUCCGCCGCUCCGCGGAAGGCCUGUUUCCGCCAUUGCUGAUGCUGGCGGUCAUCGGCGUGCUAUUCUGUCCUGCGGGACACGCCGCAAUCACGGUGGAACAACCGAGAAUUCGGCACGAGCAGCAAUCGUGCGGGAGGGAGCAGUGCGGGGCGGCGCAGCAGGGAGGGGGGAGGCGGCGGAUAGCAGAGGAGGUGGAGGAGGAGGUGGUGACAGGAUGGUACCGGGGGGAAGGCGCUGCUGCUGCUGCUGGUGUGGCUGCGGCUGCUGGUGCUGGUGCAGGUGGCGUGAGCCGGUACCUAAAGGAGUCUCAACAUGUCGUCAGUGCCAUGGGCAUGGCCACGAUGCAGGCAGUGACACCAGCGCCCAAGCUGCGCAAGUGCCAGAAGCUGCUGCGAGAGGGCUCCUUCAGCCUCAACCGGUCGUCCUAUUUCAUAGGCCUCAACGUGGGGCCGCGCAAGCAGCUGUUCUACCUGCGCCUGGACAACCUCACGCCCGUCACCUGGUUCACCUGCGACUGCGUCACGCCCACCUCCUGCCGCACUGCCGGCACCGUCCUGCCCGAGCGGCCUCCAUACAACACAACGGAGAACGGGGCUACGGCAGUUCUUUGCGAUGCGGACACGUGCAAGAACAACACCGACAGGCCCGCACCCGGCCUCAAGAUCGGCUGCCAGGUAGCGGACCAGAUCCCGUCAAAGCUGGGCAAGGGCAAGUGCGAGUACCUGCACCUGCACACCAUCGUGCGGUCGCCGCUGGGGUCCAUAGGCAGCCUGCCGAACAAGGACGGCACCAAGGUGGGCAAGAGCUACGGCAUCUUCUACCCGGAGAACGUGUGGCUCACGCACAUGGACGGCUGGACCGUCAGCCCGGAGCUUGUUGUUGGCUGUGGCAUGGUGCAGAAGGGCGCGCUGGGCGGCUACACAGAGGUCCCCGACGGCGUGUUCGGGCUGGGAUGGGGCAAACUCAGCAUCCUGUCCCAAAUGGCGGACCUGGGUGUGUGGGAGAACAGCUUUGGGCUGUGCUUCGAGGGGGACAUGGGUCUCAAGGGCGGGUCGUACCUCAACCUGGGCGACGCGCUGAUCGAGGGGUACAGCGACAGCAUCCCGAUGCGGCGCAUAUUCCCCAGCCCCAUGUUCUUUGUGGAGUUGGUGGAGGUGCGCGUUGGCAGCAAGGUGGUGAGCGUGCCCGCGGGCACGUUUGGGAAGCCGACGCCCAAGGCGGAGGGCGGCGUGGUGGUGGACCCGUUUACCACUGUGACGCGCUUGCCGCUCGUUGCUCUGCUCGCCAUCAAUGAAACGCUGGUGGGGCUGAUGCCCAAUCUGACCUACGACAAGGGCAACUCCAAGACCUUCGGGCUCAUCUGCUGGAAGGGCGCGCCCUACAAGCAGAAGAAGCCGGAGCUGUUCUACCCGCAGUUCCCCAACAUGCAGCUCGUCUUCCCCAACAACGUCAUCUUCUACGUGCUGCCGCAGUCCUACCUCAUCGCGAACAUCACCACGGGCAAGAUGUGUCUGGCGGCAGCAGAGACCACUGACAGCCGCACCACCAUUGGCGGUACGCAGAAGCACAGGGCAAGGCGUGCUGGGUGUAGUGGUGCUAUGGCUGUUGCUUGA